AACUGCAUGGAAGCUUCAUCAUCCACUAAAAAUUUUGACGAGCUGUCGAAAGUUUUUCAGCAUCCAAUAAAGUAUUCAGACAACCAGAAUCAGAACAGUAAUAGUCACCAUGACAACGUUAUGGACCAAAAUUCUAAACAGGUGUUCGCUGGCUCAGAUAACAUAUCCCAAGAAAACGCCAAUUGCGCCAAACCAAGCUCUGACCAUCAAAUCCCGACAGCUUCAGUCCACAACUCCUGUGACCUUGGUCUCCCGGUUCCAAGCGCCCCCAUGGCAGCACCUGGGUCAGAUAUUGCAAGCAUGGGAACAACCAGCGUCCAGAAUCUCCACCACAAUGGGCAGUUUGACAAGCAAAGAACGAGCCGGGCGACACAGUAUCCAACGCUCGUGACGAUGCUGUGCAGGAAGCCAUACCAAAAUAUGGCCGGAGCCUGCGAUCCUAGGAAAGCCGCGAAGCUAACUCCCGACAUUAACCUCUCUCUUCCUCCCCUGACCUCUGACGUGAUUCAGCAUAUUGAAUCACUACCUACACAAGACGCCGAGACAGAGCCUGCAUAUGGAUAUCAACCUCCAGCGAUGAUAUCGAAUGCUGGCGCUACUUUUUAUGCAUUGCCUAACUAUAAGCAACAGUAUGAUUAUGGAUGUCCUCGGGGUUUCCCUGCACCCACCAAGCCAAAUUAUGGGGGUCCUCAGGGUUUCCCUGCACCCACCAUGCCAAAUUAUGGAGGUCCCCAAGGUUUCCCUGCACCCACCAUGCCAAAUUAUGGAGUCCCCAGGGUUUCCGCGCACCCACCAUGCCAAAUUAUGGAGGUCCUCGGGGUUUCCCUGCACCCACCAUGCAAAAUUACGGAGGUCCUCGGGGUUUCCCUGCACCCACCAUGCCAAAUGAACGUCCACUAAAGGCACAAUUUCCAUUGGCUUCUCCAGCUAUUCUUCGUCCAGCUUCGAGUGACCCGACUGCCUCCCUGCAGCAAGUCUCCAAGCACACGAGGGCCGUGAGUAAACCGAUCCCCACGGAAGCGAAGGAUGCGAAAUACUAUGAAAGACGAAAGCUCAACAACCUCGCAGCCAAGCGGUCACGUGACCUGCGCAAGCAGCGAAUGGAGGGGCUGCUCAUAAGCACAUGCAAGCUGCAGAAGGAGCAGGCUUCUCUGGAUGACGAGGAGAGAGCCAAGACACAAACAGUACGAGACCUGUGCAUUCUUCUUAAUGAAGAUCCAGAGGACAUGUUCCGAAAAGCGCUCGCGUGGGCCGAAAACGCAGUUAAGCAGCAGUCUGCUCACAAGAAAUGACAGUUUCAAAACCUGAAAUCCUUUUCUGAUUAUAUCGGCAGUAUAUUGAAGUGUAAUGCUAUUCCUCUA